AUGGCGAGCGAUCAGAUUGAUACUGGCGCUCCUGUGCUUUCUUCUCAGGGCCCACCGGACGCAGAUCCGAACCCACCGGGUCAAGAUCGAAAUAUUGAGUCCGCCCUGAGGCAAAUCAACACCAACAUGGGCACAAUGACUCAACUUUUAACCGACGUGUGUGCGCGCCUUCCCACGACCGAGGCACACCGAGCGGCUAGUUCCUCUUGGGGGCACAAGGCACACAGGCCAAAAACGGCGGUCCGAUUCCAUCUCCUCCGUUGAAUCAUCAGACAAUGAACAUGAGCCGCGGCGAAAAUCGAGGAGAGAGGACGAUUCCCUAAGCCUGCAUGCAACAGAUGAUGACGUUGCACAACUAUUUGCCGACCCGGCAUCAAAUCCCGCAACUGUCACCGACAACACGGAUACAGCGGGCGAGGACGAGUUACUAAAAGAACUUGUAACCUCCUUACAAGAGGAAGACACAAAAGGGCCAAAAGUCCAACAACAGCUGGCCGAAAUUGCCAACAAAAGAUGGGGCAAUAAGCUCAAUUCGGACAAAAUAAAUAGCAUUCUGGGCAAACACCCGCAGCCAGAAAAUUGCGAGGAACUGGGGAUCAAACGCGUUAAUCCUGAGAUCUGGGCGUCCCUAAAUGCUGCCAAAAGAAAGGCAGAUUUACGACUCGCAAACAUGCAGCAGGCCCUGCAAAAAGCCACUUUCUCGAUUGUCACGACUUGCGAUAAACUUUUGGCCGUAAAAUCGCAAAUUGAGACAAAGGAAAUGGUCACCGACAGUAUUGAUGCUAUCGCUCUUGUCGGACAUGUGGUCUCCGAGAUCUCAUCUAUAAGGCGGGAACAGCUCAGGCCAUCCUUAAAGCCCGAGUUCCAAACAAUUUGCACCAACGACGUGCCACGGUCCUCAAAACUAUUGUUUGGCGACAAUCUUGCGAAGCAAAUUCGUGAUGUAAAGGAGACGAGUCGCAUUGGUAAAACAGUUGGCGCCUAUGCGAAGCAGGACCGAAACAAAAGCCAUCGGCGCCACUACCCUUAUCAAAGUGGACGUGAUGGAAGACACAGUAAGGGUGGCCCCAGGCAGUCUUUUUUGGGGAAAGGCUACCGCUCAACGGGACGCAAAAAACCGUAUAACAAUCAGAAGAACGAGACCGCGACGACAUAA